CCAAAAAAUAAAUAAAAUUACACGAGAACACGCUUCUUCCUCUUCUUCUUCUUCUUCUUCUUCUUCUUCAUCACUCAAUAACAAUCUGAGAUUCAGAGACUACAUUUCAGCGAACACCAAUAGAACGCCGCAGAAUAGAAACCGUCUUCCCCAAUUCGAUUUCUCUUCUCAAUUUUAUAACCUUUCGUCUGUAGCUUUCCAUGGGAUGGUCACAAAGAACUCUCAAAAGAGCAAUCUUGACGUGACCAAGUCCAUGAACUUCUUUCACAAACUCAUUAAACCUUUCAAACGCAGCUCCAAUCGAGGUAUUGAAGACGAAAUCGAUAAAAUCUCUGCUCAGGAACAGAAAGUGUUCACCUUUCAAGCCCUCGUCUCCGCUACCAACGAUUUCAACCCGACCCACAAACUCGGCGAAGGCGGUUUCGGACCCGUCUUCAAGGGAAGGUUACCUGACGGGAGAGACAUAGCAGUGAAGAAGCUAUCUCAGGGUUCAAAGCAAGGCAACAACGAGUUUGUCAACGAGGCCAAGUUACUAGCUAAAGUCCAGCAUCGUAAUGUUGUUAAUCUCUGGGGUUACUGCACCCAUGGAGAUGAUAAACUCUUGGUCUACGAGUACGUCGCAAACGAGAGCCUUGACAAGGUCCUCUUCAAAUCCAACAGAAGAUCAGAGGUAGACUGGAAGCUGAGGUUUGAGAUCAUUACAGGCAUUGCUAGAGGACUGCUCUAUCUCCAUGAAGAUGCCCCGGACUGCAUCAUCCACAGGGACAUCAAGGCUGGCAACAUUCUGCUUGACAACAAAUGGGUUCCUAAGAUUGCUGAUUUUGGGAUGGCUAGACUCUUUCAGGAAGACGCUACACACGUCAACACUCGCAUUGCCGGAACCAAUGGUUAUAUGGCUCCGGAGUAUGUAAUGCAAGGUGUUCUAUCGGUAAAAGCAGACGUGUUCAGCUUUGGGGUUGUGGUUCUAGAGCUCAUCAGUGGCCAGAAGAACUCUAGUUUUAGUAUGAGACACGCUGACCAGACUCUUCUUGAAUGGGCAUAUAAGUUAUACAAGAAAGGCAGGACCAUGGAGAUACUAGACUCGGAGAUAGCAGCUUCUGCUGAUCCGGAACAAGUCAGACUCUGCGUUCAGAUCGGCCUGCUCUGUGUUCAAGGUGAUCCUCGCAAGAGACCAACUAUGAGACGGGUGUCUCUGCUUCUCUCGAGAAAGCCAGGACAUCUAGAAGAACCAGAGCAUCCUGGUGUACCAGGAUCUAGACACCGCCGUAGAACUCAUCGUCCUUCAGGAGGAGCAUCCUCGGUUGGAACGUUUUCGACCACUGGAUCGAGGACAGACUCGUUUGGUUCGAACUUGAACACACACACUGGUUCCAACGCAGGAACAGGUAGAGCUACUCCAGCGUCUUCCAGGACUCCGACUCCGACGAGGACUCACGCUACUAGAAGUGUAGGGGCUGCGAGCUCUAGCUCAGACCCUCAUGGGAAACGACCUAUGAGUUAUUAAAGUACAUAAAUUUUGUUAAAUAUUGGAUUGUAAAUUCUAUAUAGCGAGGGUUUUGUUUUUGGUUUGAAAAGUAAAUUAUUAUUUUUUGGGCUCUGGUAGUGGUUUUACUUUUAGGACAGGGUUUACAGUAUUGUAUGAUUUUCGUAUGAAAAGAAAAAGAGUUCUUUGAUCAAGAAAGAAAAGAAAAGAAAACGAGUUCAUUCA